GACCAAGGCGGCCUCGCGCAAGCUGCGGUCCGACCCCGACGCGCGAGCGGGAAGACGCAAGACGCUCGCCGGAAGCCCCAGCAGCCGCCACGCGCCCGUGUCCGCGCAGAGGGAACAAUAAAGUUGAGCGUGUUCAAAAGGGGUCCUUGGCAUCCAGGGCCCGCCGGACAAGCCUGCAGGAUAGGCCGCCCGGAAAGUCCCGGGUGUGGGCAGGUCUCCUCGUCCUCGGUGGCGUUCUCCUCACUCGCGGUGGGACAGCGAAGGUACAGCGCCGGGGGACCGGCCCGGGCGGCGGGCGGGCGGGAGAAGGCGGAGGGGCCUGCCCGGCGAUCGCCGAGGGCAACCCGGUGAGGAUCCCGGUGCCCGUGGAGCCCAGCGUCCUGGCUGCGGCCUCCCGGACGCGCGAUGAAGCCCCGGCCCGCGAGGUUCGUGGACAACAGGCUGAAGCAGCGAGUCGUGCAGUACCUCACCAGUAACAGAUGUGGCAAAUAUGUGGACACUGGAGUUUUAGCAUCUGAUUUACAAAGAAUGUACAGUAUAGACUAUGGUCGAAGAAAAAGAAAUGCUUUUAGGAUUCAGGUAGAAAAAGUAUUUAGCGUAAUUACCAGUGAGAAAGAGCCUAAGGAUCUAACAGAAUUAGAAGAUGAGCAUCUGGCCAAAAGAGCAAGACAAGGUGAAGAGGAAAACGAGUAUACUGAAAGCUCUUCAGAUCAUGAUUCAAAUAUGGAAGAUUACCCAGAUCCACAGGCAGCAAAUCACAUGAACAGCUCCCUGCUCUCCUUAUAUCGGAAAGGACAUCCCGACUCUGCUUCCCGGACUCCCGAGAUGGAUCACAGAGAAGCCACCGUCUCGGCCCCACGGACACCUUCCGGAACAGACUCCGUUCCUUCGAAGACCCCUGCCAGGGGUUCAGAGGGAGGGUGGUUUAUUGAUAGAACUCCCGGUGGAAAGAUGGACCUGGCAGGCGAGAAGGGCAAGCACAAGAAGCCAGGAUCGGAGAGAGAGGAUUCCAAAGACGCUUCUCUGCUGGAGAGUAAUGAAAAAGGGAAAGGCAGGCUGAAGCGCAAGGGAAACAAAAGGAAGAAAGACCUUCAGGAAGUAGACGGAGAAAUACAAGCUGUCCUGCAGAGGAAAGCUAAAGCCAAGGGGCUGGAAUUACAGAUCUCCAAGGUGAAAUUUGAAGAUGUUGGAGGCAGCGAUACGACAUUAAAAGAAGUCUGCAAGAUGCUCAUCCACAUGCGUCACCCGGAGGUGUACCGCCACCUGGGCGCCACCCCGCCGCGUGGGGUUCUCCUUCACGGGCCGCCGGGCUGCGGGAAGACCUUGCUCGCGCACGCCAUUGCAGGGGAACUGGACCUCCCAAUUCUGAAAGUAGCUGCCACGGAGAUUGUAUCCGGAGUGUCUGGGGAGUCUGAGCAGAAGCUGAGAGAAUUGUUUGAGCAGGCAGUGUCAAAUGCACCCUGUGUCCUCUUUAUUGAUGAAAUCGAUGCCAUUACCCCCAAAAGAGAUGUUGCUUCAAAAGAUAUGGAACGAAGGAUUGUGGCCCAGCUCCUAACCUGCAUGGACGAUCUGAAUACCAUGGCUGCCACCGCUCAGGUCCUAGUCAUUGGAGCCACUAACCGCCCGGACUCAUUAGACCCUGCUUUGAGACGUGCAGGAAGGUUCGACCGAGAAAUAUGCCUGGGUAUCCCAGAUGAAGCAUCCAGGGAAAGAAUACUUCGAACUUUGUGCAGAAAACUAAGACUUCCGGAAGCUUUUCAUUUCCACCACUUGGCACACCUCACUCCAGGCUUUGUUGGCGCUGACCUGAUGGCGCUCUGCCGAGAGGCAGCCAUGUGUGCGGUCACUAGGGUCCUGAUGAAGCUGCCCGAGCCGCGGGCCGACCCUGAGAUGGAAGCUUUGCUCUCCAGAGGAGGCCGGGGAGACGGGAUCGGAACGAAGCCCGCUUCCGAAGCACAGGAGCUUUCCCCGCAGGUGCCGAACCUGUCCUUCGUGUCGGCCGCCCAGCAAGCGUCGGAUGAAUUGCAAAGGCUGCUGGUGUUGCUGCGAAACCAGGACCCCCUCUCAGAGGAGCGGCUGCAAGGGCUGCGCAUUGAACUGAAUGACUUCAUUGUUGCUCUGUCCUCCGUCCAGCCCUCGGCCAAAAGGGAGGGCUUUGUCACUGUCCCCAAUGUGACUUGGGCAGACAUCGGUGCCCUGGAAGAUGUCAGAGAGGAGCUCACCAUGGCCAUCCUGGCACCGGUACGUAACCCCGAUCAGUUCAGAGCCCUCGGAUUGGUGACCCCAGCUGGAGUCCUCCUGGCGGGCCCGCCCGGUUGCGGGAAAACGCUCCUGGCCAAGGCGGUUGCAAAUGAGUCCGGACUGAACUUUAUAUCUGUCAAGGGCCCCGAAUUGCUAAAUAUGUACGUUGGUGAGAGUGAGCGUGCAGUACGACAGGUGUUCCAGCGAGCCAAGAACUCCGCGCCCUGUGUCAUAUUCUUCGACGAAGUGGACGCCCUGUGCCCUCGAAGGUCAGACCGAGAGACGGGGGCGAGCGUGCGCGUGGUGAACCAGCUGCUCACCGAGAUGGACGGGCUGGAAGUGCGGCAGCAGGUUUUUAUCAUGGCGGCCACCAACCGGCCAGAUAUCAUUGACCCUGCAAUCCUGCGCCCAGGACGCCUGGACAAAACACUUUUUGUGGGUUUGCCGCCCCCAGCGGAUCGCCUGGCCAUCCUGAAAACCAUCACCCAAAACGGCACCAAACCCCCACUGGCCGCAGAUGUCAGUUUGGAAGCCCUUGCUGGGGACCUUCGCUGUGACUGCUAUUCGGGUGCGGACCUCUCUGCUUUGGUACGAGAAGCUUCUAUCUGUGCUCUGAGACAGGAAAUGGCAGAACCAAAGAGUGGGAGCAAGAAAGGUGAGCUCAAGGUCAGUCAGAAGCACUUUGAAGAAGCUUUCAAGAAAGUAAAAUCAUCUAUAUCAAAAAAGAACGAUUCAAAGAGCAUGUGGAGAACCAAGCAAACUGGAACAGUUGGGGAAGCUGCAGAACGGACAAGCUGGGGGCGGGGCCUAAAAAACACAAGCCUCAGUGAUUAGAACAUUGUGAUAAUGGCACAGGAACUGAUCGUAGUAUACAGUACAUAAUAGUGUCCCCCACACCAGUGAUGGAAACACGGUGAUCGAUGUCGGGGCAGCUGGGAAGCCGUCUCCAGAAGUUCAAGUCGGACUCGCAUGUCACACUGCAGGUGGGGGACGGGGGCGGGGGGCGGCGGGAGAGUUUAAAAGUAAAAUCUGAAACCGUCAAAGUAGGAGGAGACCAGAGAUUUGUCUGGAAGUUCAAGCGGGGCGUGCCUUGUUUCCUCUCAGCGCGAAACCCGGCAACAUAAAUGAAAGACUCAGAAUCUGACACGAGGAUAAAAAUUUCUGCGCUAAGAAGCUCGUCAAAAGACAAAUGACCAAAUAAGGAAAAUAUUUGCAGUUAAUGUCACCAAGGGUGAAUCAGAACGACCAGAAAUUGAUGAGGAAAAGACCGACACAGAAAAUGUUGGAAAAGAGGCGCUAGAUGAAGAACAGGGACAGACCCUUCACGGAAAAGCCAACGGGCUCGUUAGACGGAAAACUCCUCACCUUGCUGACAAUGGAAGAAAAGCAACUAAGAUACUAGUCUUUGCCUGGCAGCAGGCAAAGGUCUCCGAACCUGAUGAUGCCUGUUGGCCGGGAUACGAGGGGAUGGGGGGCCCAGCCCUUUCCCGGGACUGAACCGGAUUCCCGCUGCGGCUGGCCCGGCGGCUCUGGGAACUUCCCCUGGAAGCACUCACGACAGCGGAGCGGACUCGACGGUGGCUCCGCUGUGAGGCUCUGACGGAUCAACUCGGAAGAGAGGAGCGCCUUCUCAACGUGCCGUCGGGAAGCAGGGGUCCUGUGUGCUCUGCCGCCGCUUCAGUCAAACACGAGGGAAACGCAGCGGCGUCAGUGCUCGUGUCACAGAGGGAAGACCUGACAGCGUCGACGGGAGGGGCUUCGUUCACUCUGCGACUGCGUCGGGUCCUCGAACCUCGCGAGCACCUCGCGCAUCCGAAAGAAGAACGACAUUGGAUUUUAAAAACGGGUGUUCGAGGGCUCGAAACACGAGCACGCCCUGCCUCGGCCUAAACAAGCAGCGGUCGAGCCGCUGCCCCAGACCUUAGAUGCGUGUGUGGCCCCGGCGAGACCCCACGGGGCAUCCCCCUGAAGGCAGCCCCCCCCCCCACCCUGCUGGAGCUGCCCCGGCACUGCAGGUGCUUCUGUCCCCUUCCCGUCCACGCUCAGAACACUUUAGAACCCGGCUUUCUUUGCUGCGUGGAUAGAGCCGUAAGCAGCUCGUCACCCGACUUCCACGGCGAACCUCAGUCCCCGUGGGAGGGGGGGCACGUGGGGCGGGCCGCGCACCGAGCAGGCGGCUCCUUCCUCGGCCCGGAGACUGGGCGUCCUCACACGGUGUCCCCGCACCUGUCUGGUCUUCGCCCCUCUUCUUGCAGCGACACCGGUCGUGCUGGCUUAGAGCCCGUCCCGGGGGCUUCGAUUGAACGGAAUCGCCUCCCUAAAGAUCUUUUCUCCAGUCACGGUCACGUGAGGCCCUGGGGGGCUGGGAUAUCCGCAUACGCGUUUCGGGGGCACGGCUCGGCCCACCUCGCACUCACCAGCUCUGUGUCUUGUCCCCUGUUCUCAGGACCAGGUGAUGUACGAAGCCCUGCAGCGGUCCCUCAGCCGGUGACCCCCCUUCCGACCUGACGCGGAUGGCGGCCCGUUCCGAGCUGAGGACGCUUCCCAUCCACCAGCCGCGCGUGGGAACACCCUCCCCUCUCUUUAAGUAAAACACGUUUGACUGUUGAAAUAAAAUCACUGAUAACUUUUUUUAAAUAAAA